AUGGGGCUAUCAACUAAAUAUCGAGAAGAUGAAAAUUUUCGACUCAACGUCAAAAUAUUAAUUGGUCUGGCUUUUCUUCCCCUAUCUGAUGUAAUUACUGGCUUUGAUCUUGUGGCAGGUGAAUUCGACGACGACGCUGAUGAUCUCCUUGAUUAUUUUGAAAAAACAUGGAUUGGUGAACCAAGAAGAAGAGGGGCUGGCCGUAAAAAGCCUAAAUUCGACCACACAUUAUGGAACGUUUAUGAUCGCUUCAUAGCUGAUUUACCUCGGUCCAACAAUUCUGUUGAAGGAUGGCACAAUGCUUUUGCAAACCGCGUUACAAUUGCUCAUCCAACAAUCAAGAAACUGGCCGAGAAGAUUCGUCGUGAACAAUCUAAAUUUGAGGUCGACAUUGCUCAUCUUCUUCAAGGUCAUCAGCCGAAGCCUAAAAAAGCCUGCUACAGAAAACUCGACGACAGAAUCGUGCGCUUGGUUCGUGGUUAUACCCACUACAGAUUCCUCAAUAUCUUAAAAAUAUAG